GUUAAAAAUCGCGUAAGGAGUGGGUGUAUCAAUUAGUGCGUCGAAAACAGUUUUAUUUACGUUAAUGAAAAUAGUGUUCGUGUGUUACUAUUUCUGUUAAAUGCUUUAGUGUUCUUGUUGUUUGUUUGUGAAUUUACUGGGUGUAAAUAGAAAUAUGUGAGUGAUGUGUUAUUGAAAUUUAUUUGUUUACAAUGGAUGGCAAAGUGAAGUAUUACGAAGGUUGUGGACAGGAAGGGCCAAUUCGUUGUAUAUUUUUGUGUGAAUUCCAUCCGACUGCUGGUCCUAAGAUAACAUGCCAAGUGCCAGAAAAUUAUAUAUCGAAAGAUAUUUUUGAUACAGUCAGUCAUUAUAUCAUACCGAAAGUACAACUUCAAAGAUGCACGUUAACAGUAACCCUCCUCGGCUCGAAGAUCCUGGGCUUCCCAGUGCGGAUAGACAACAAGAAGUAUGCUCGCAACGCUUAUUACUUCAACUUGUGCUUCGUCUGCGACGCCUGGGCCAGGACGGUGCAUCUCGAGCCGCUCGUCAAGAAGCUUACAGAAUACCUGUUAUCAAUGGAGUUGGAGACUGAAUGGCUGUCGAAACAGUCAAUUUCUGGCGAAGCUAAGGCGCUUGGCGGGCUGAUGCGGCAAGUGAUGCAGGACAUCAACAGUCGCAGAAUGUGUACGCUUACUGUUGGCACCACAACCACCCACUUGACCGUCGUCAGGGUGAACAGUGACCCGACUCCCGUGAAAGACCACCAAGUUCCCGUGUUCCUGUACAGUAGGCACUCCUUCGUGGCUGACCAGUGGGACUUGACUACUAAUCAGAUCCUACCCUACAUAGACGGUUUCAACCACGUGUCGAAGAUAGCCGCGCUGACAGACGUGGAGAUCAGCCUGGUGCGCGCGUGCGUGCAGAACCUCGUCUACUACGGAGUCGUCACGCUCGUGCCUAUUUUCCAGUACUGUGCUGUUUACAGUGCUACUCCUAAGCUGAGGCAGCUGACUCGCUGCGCAGGACUUCAACGACAAUGUGUCGAUUUCUGUGCAAGAUCUCCCCGUCAACUGCCGAAAGUGAGCGACAUCUUCCGCAUGUACGCGGGCAUGUCAUACGGUAGCACCAUCAGAGACCUGUGCAGAAGGAUGAAGCCUCAGGAGCUGGCCAUCAAUGAGAGGAAGCUGGUACUCUUUGGAGUGCUUGAAGGUCUUAUUAGAAGGGUGUAUAAGUUCCCAAUAACCCUUCACAACGACGACACGGCGUCAAUCAUGAGUGACCACAGUCAGCCACUCGUGCGCACGUACAACGGGCUUGUGUGUUUAGACGAGCUGUGUUGCCAGAGCGGGUUGUCCGCGCUACAGAUCGAGGAACAACUCGAGAGGGACAGUAACGUCGUGUUUAUUGUUAAAUGAGGCAGAUGGCGUGAAUGUCGUGUUUAAUUAAAUAUGGAGCUUAGAAGUGUCGUGAUUGCAAAAUAUAUGAGGAUUUUUGUGGAAUAAGUGUUCUGGUAAGAUGAUUAUCAUUGGUUGAUAUAAAAUAAUGUCAUGAAAAUCAUAGUUUGAUUUUGUGACAGCUGCAAAUAAUGGUAGGUCUCGCAUCUGAAGAAUUAUUUAGCCUGUGUUGUCCCAAAAUGGGCAAAGGUUGAAGAAUUAUUAAUAUAUGAUUUUUUUAUUAAGGUAUUGAAGAUUGUAAGAAUGCUGAUUUGUUACAUAAAGAUUUUAAGAUAGCCGUAAGUUAUUUUAGAUUCGCAUCAAAAUGAAGAAAUGCACAAAAGAUACGAAAAAUAGUAAAGAAAGGCUUCAUCUAAUGUGCCAAAAAGACUUACGUACCUACUUCGUUUUUAGAGAUAAUGGCAACCAAAGUCAUUGAGUAUGAGUAGGUAGAUUAGCUAGAUGGUACAGAGAGUUCUACCACAGUGCACCAUGAUAAUGAAACAUUUAGGGGGCCAGGAUGUAAUUUUGUCACUGUAACUUUUGAUUAUGGCAAAUCCAAAGUGUCAAGUUCUGUCUAAAAUUAAGUAGUUCUGUAUUUUGUUAUAAUUCAGUUAAACUAUAAAUAGUUUUUGUUUAUGAAUAAGAACAACGAAGUUGUGUAAAUAAGGGUAAUAAAUGUACCUAUAUCUGUUUUAUACAUAGUAUGUAAUAAUAUAUUUUUGUUUUCAAAUAACUUUACCGUUAUUUUGUGAAAAUGUACUCCACAGCAGACUUGUUAAUUGAUUCGUAUUUCUAAUACUACCUUUAGCACUUUUUAGAAAGCUAGACUACUGUUUUUAGACUACAAUAUAACUUUGAUACUUUGUCUAUAUUCGAUUUCAAUUUAUAGUAUAUCAGUUUUGGUGUGCAACAUACCUUAGUUUUACAAGUUCAUAACUGCUCAAUAUUCUAAGUUUAAACAUAUUUUUAUAAAUGUUUUUUAUUGAUAUUUUACUAAUUGUACAUAAUUACCGGUCAAUCCGUGAAGGUGCUACUUCUAUUCUAUUUAUGCCUGGUUCCUAUAAACAAAAAAAAGAUUCGUUUCGUAUGCGGACUGUAUUUUUUAUUUUAUGGGAACCCAGCAUUUAACUGUAUGAAAAGGGUAAUUUUAUUGCAAAAAAAAGAAAAAAAGCCAAAGAAAAAUAAUGUGUUGUCUUUUGCAGAAAAAUUAUAUUUUGAAGAUCAUUUUAUCAUGUUAGAUUUUUCUUUAAAUACAUAUAUCUUAGAUUCAUGUUUUAGAAGUUAUAGUAGGUUAUUAAUAUCUUAAGUACAGUAUAACAAUGCCGAAAUCAUUUCACCAAGCAUUUUUCAACUUUAACAUAACAACGUGUACAUUUUUAAUUAAAAGAAACCCACCGAUUGUGUUAAAAUACUUUUAAAAACAUCGCUAUGGCAUCAGAAUACCUACUGUUCUACCACGUAAUACAAAAAUUAAAAAAUAUCUUUUAGUACAUAUUUCAACAAUUUUGUACAUGUGGUGUCUAGUCGUGUGUAUAUCUGUAUAUUUGUUAAGUGUAUCUUUUUCAUUUAUAGACUUUGCCGGCUAUAGUCAGCAUCAACCGGUUAUUCUUAAUAUUACCCAAAUAUUUUUUUCUCGUCAAUUUCGUUUUUUUUUAUUGUUAUUAAGGCGUGUUCAGAUGUAAAUAUUUCGCGAAUAGGUUAUGCAGGUAUGUUAUAUUUUUAAUUUUAUUGUAAAGUUUAAUUUUAUCCUUUUUAACGAUCUUUGCAUUGAUUUUUCUGGACACGCCACAACUAGUCAGGAUUCUUUUGUGCCUUAUUUCUUGUAUAUUUGAAAACGUAAUCAAUGCAUAAUAUUAGAUAUUAUUUUUAGAGAUUAUCAUCAUAUCUUGCUUUUUCAUGUUUUUAAGCUGAGAGAUACAUUUAUUGCACUGUUUUCCAUUAAAACUAUUCUUGUUAUUUUCAAAAUAAUUAUAGAUAAGUACCUACCUAAUGUAAAAUAAGUAAGUACAUAAACGGUAAAAUUUUGAAAUAUUUUUCUUACAAGUUUUAUAAAACCAAAACUUUAUAAGUGUUAUUAAAAAUGUAAAUUCUAAAAAAACAAAAUUAUGUAAAUAAAUCAUUAUCAUUAGGUACUGUUUUGUGUAAGUAGGUACAAAAUAAGUACACUUUUUUGUUACUAUUUUUUUCAGUUCCAUUACCUGUUGAUUGUAAGUAUAUUAUUUUAACUAUAAAUAUGUAUAUGAAACUAGCGUUUUUGCUUUACAACAUGUAACGUUAAAUGCGCAAAACCGAAAAUGAUUUGCUCGUAACACUGAGCAGACUCAAUUCAACCACUUCCAUAUAUAGGAUAAACAAAAAAAUCUUUGUCAAAAAUAUUGGCCUGUCUAUUUAUUAAUUGGUGAAGACAUUUCUGCGCACACGCACUUGUAUGGCAAAGGCGUUGCGUCGCCCUGUCGCCACAGACGCAAGAAAUGCCAGUAGAACUUAAACAAGUUUUUUUCUCUCAGAAUUGUAUCCAUUAAAAAAUCUAUCAGGUUUCUGUGGUUUCGUGCAUCUAACUUUAUACGUUGUGUAUUCGUUAAUUAAGUACAUAAAUGUUAUGUUUUAUCUAAAUACGUGUAAGUAAUGGAGACUCAUUAAAUUGAUUAUUUUUAUA